AAAGGGCCACAACAGACGGGCGGCUGGUGAGGUGAGCUGCUCUAAACCCUAAUCUCUCAAGCCUUUGCGACGGACGACGGUGAACGGCGCAUCUUUUAUCCGGAGACGGCGGCGAGGAAGCGAGAACUUCGAGACCGGUGUGCGGCGAUUGCGAGGAAGCGAAACAUUCGAGCGGCGAGCAGCAAGGCAGCGGCACAAAGAGCUGCGAGACCGAUAAAACCUCGCUAUGCGUUUAAACGGAAGGAAGUUCGUCCUGGGGAAUUCCAGAUUAUGGACCUGGACUUUCCUAACACGACAGAGAGUUACAAACUCUAUUCGCAGCGGGUGAUUGUUGGUGAUAUUAAAGAAUGUGUUUGUCGAGCACCAGACACUCCAUAUGAUGAUGUGUCUUAUUCAAACAUCCCAAUGACCUCUUAUGAGCUUCCUGAUGGACAUUGUGGGACCAGUGAAGAACUUUAUGAAGUUUCUCAUAGUGUAGACAGCUUUGAGACUAUACCUGGUAUGGAAAGUUCUGCAGAGAUUGCUUCAUCUGCUAGUGGUCUGCCACAAAUGGUCGUUGAGAGCAUAAACAAGUGUGAUGUUGACAUCCGAAGAGAACUCUAUAGCAGUAUACUGCUUUCAGGUGGGACAGCAUCAAUGCAACAAUUGAAAGAACGUCUUGAGAAAGAUUUACUGGAGGAAUCUCCUCAAGCAGCAAGGGUCAAAGUGUUGGCGAGUGGAAAUGCUACAGAAAGAAGAUUCAGUGUUUGGAUCGGUGGGAGUAUAUUGGCAUCGCUCGGCUCCUUUCAGCAAAUGUGGUUCUCAAAGUCUGAGUAUGAAGAGCAUGGGGCAUCUUACAUUCAGCGUAAAUGCCCUUAGGCAAACUCAUUUAUUGGCAUAGCUCUCAAGGGACACAAGCUGGUGGUUUCAAUUGUGACUGUGUGUUUAGGUUAUUUUGGAUUAUUUGACUUGCUUUAGUUAGCCCCUUUUCAUUUAUGUGUGUCAAGAAAGAUAGUGAACUGCAAAUUCCCCCAUUUGUUGUGUAGUGGUAUUACUGGAAAUAUUCGUGCACUGUGAAGUACAAACUCAAGUCAGUCAUUCGAUUGGUAUCUAUGAUCCAUCUUUAAGAUCCUGACUUUGUUUGGGAAAAAUGAAGCUUGUAACCUAGGAAGUUCGAUACAUUAUUUAACUCAAAUGGACAUUUUAUGCUUUACAAAAGUGUUAUUUUUUGGGAGGGUACCAGCUUGGGUAAUGAGAAAAAAGUGAUUAGAAGUAAAGUGCUGCUUGCUAAGGAUGUUUAUGGGU